GCCGUGAGUUGUCAGCCUUUGAUUGGCUGAAGACAUUUGAGCUCUCCGGAAGGCGACCGUCGCCAGUGGUGCGACUCAAUGAAGAUGGAGAUGGAGACGGUUGUGACUCUGCUCAAGUCUCUGCUCCUGGUUCUGGCCUGCACCGCGUGUGGAGCGAGGGAGGCGGAAAGCAACGACGUCACCUGCGGGUCUCUGGUCAAGCUUCUCAACACCAAGCACAACGUGCGACUUCACUCUCACGAUGUCAAAUACGGAUCAGGCAGUGGUCAGCAGUCUGUGACGGGAGUGGACAGUGCUGAUGACGCCAACAGCUACUGGCAGAUCCGAGGCAAGGCCGACCGGCCGUGUCAGCGAGGGACCGCCAUCAAAUGUGGACAGUCCAUCCGCAUCACUCACAUGAAGACUGGACGGAACCUGCACACACAUCACUUCAGCUCACCUCUGUCGAACAACCAGGAAGUAAGCGCCUUCGGAGAGAACGGCGAGGGAGACGACCUUGACACGUGGACGGUGCAGUGCGACGGCAUCCACUGGGAGCGGGACGAGGCCGUGCGGUUUAAGCACCCCGGUACUAACGUGUACUUGAGCGUUACGGGCGAGCAGUACGGCCACCCCAUCAGAGGCCAACGGGAGGUCCACGCCAUGAACACGGCCAAUCAGCACAACUGGUGGCGCACCAUGGAGGGAGUGUUUAUACAGCCCAGCCAGGAGCCACAGCGCCACGAUGAACUUUGAUCUCUGACGCCAACGUUUCUUGAAGAUGGUUUUGUAAAUUAUGUUCCUUCCACAUGGCGGCUGGGAUGAGUUUCAAACAAUGGCGAUCACCUCUACCUGUGCAUUGAAGUGAAAUGUUUUGGGGUUUUUUUAAUCUGUCAUCCCAUAAAGUGUCCCUCUUCCCAAACAAUGAUGCUUCUGUUUGUAUAGUAACUGAGUGAAAAAUCCCUGCGUCAGCCUGGUGUGCGACGCCCUCCAACGGAGCUUCGCUUGAGCUUUAAACACCAGGUCUGUCUUGGACGCUCGCCACCCAGCAGAGGGCAGAGCAGCCAUAAAUGUGGAGAACACCUUUAGUUCUGUUCUCAAAAAGUCACAGAUAAAAGCGACUGGUUGGCAUAAGAUUUACAUAUUUAAGCCCCGCCCCCAUGCAGAUUGACCCAUGUUUUUGAUGUCGUUGUGAAGCUGGAAAAAACAUUGAGAAUGUCAAUGUGAGAAACUGAUCGUUGUAGUAACACCAUGGUGAGGUCCUUUACAAGUUCCAUGACUAUGGUGUCCAUUUGCCUUGUCAUUAUGGAGCCAUUACAAAAUAUGUAUUAAAAUAUUAAUAUAUUUGUGAAAAAUAUUGAAACAGAAAUAUGAAAAGCUCAUUGCUGUAGUAAUACUAUGGGGAGGUCCUUUACGAGUGACGUCAAUAUUGAGUCUAUCUGUCCUGUCAAUAUGGAAAAACUAGAAAUUUGAGAACCCCAUUGCUAUGCUGAGACCAUGAAGUGGUCCAGUAUUUGUGACACGAUUUUGGUUCCCAUCAGCAGUGUUGUUCAGGAAAUAUGUCGUUAUUUUACUUUUUUUUUUUUUUGAUCCAAUAUUUUUUUGUCUGUUCCUCAACGCCACAACUGACUGUAUUUUCACUCCUAAAGAUCGAAUGAUCUUUUUUCCCCAAAAAACAUAGGGUGUAGUCUUCAGCCAUAGUGACAUUGAGUUGAAUGUUUUUUUUCGCAAAUGUCAAUGUCUGACGCAACUAUGAACAAGCGGAUGUAAGAAGCGUGACACGUUUGUUUU